AAUGAGCGUCAAGAUUUCAAAAGAAUAAGUAGCAGACGCCAAAUUGGCGGUUCAUAACGUUUUUCUACCUCGAAGUUAGAAUAAUGUAAUUAGUUCUUAUCCUCUUAUUUAAAAAAGAAAAAUAAAAAAUAAAAAGGUUUGUCUCAUUUGUAUCUACAAACUUUCUUUCAGUUUUUUGUGCUAUUCUUUCUAACUACGGAGAUAUUUGAAUACCUUUACUGGCAAAGUUUUGAGUAGGUGGCUUAUCGGAAGCUUGGUACAAAGAAUAUAUAUAAACCGAUUAAUCUAGUUUCAUUGAAUAAUUCGUUAUAGACUAGUAUCAUUUAUUCGAUAUAGCAUAAAGCUCAAGGUACUUAGUAAGUACGAUCGAUAAACUUUAUACAUGACUAAAUUAUGAUUCACAUUGCGCCCAAACUGUUACGCUCUCUUUUUAAAUUUAGAGAUUAGCCUGUUAUUUAUUUUUAAAGCUGAACGGUAAAGAUAAAAUAACUGGAAUUAUUUCAUAUCAAUCUUGUGAUAGAUAUAGAAAAUAGUUAUAGGUGCUAACUUAUUGACCAGGAAUAUGCUUAUACUGCGUUUUUUACCGCAAUACCGGAAAUUUGUUAAAGUCAAAUUAUAAACAUAUUUAGCGGUAAGUCAUACUAAAAGCGUAUUCAAUUAAAUUGUAAAACGGUCUGAGAAUGCCAUAUCCUUUAUCGGCCCGAACCCUUAGGCUAUUUGCACGGGGUCAGGGUAGGAAGGCAUGACAGCGAAAUGUCAUAAAUCCCACAUUCUCACGAAUCCUAAGAAUGUUCGUAUGAUUUUUAUCCUCCGGGAGGAUUUUUCAGGGUGUAAAUUGAUAAGGAUCGCAGACGAGAUUUUUUUGAAGGAAAAAGAAUACAUUCAAUAGGUUGACACCAAAUUAAUAAACAUGGUAGUUGAAUCUCUUUGAUAUACGAGUAAGAUUUGGGAUAACAGCCGACCAGUAUGUCAUUCCUUCGGCCGAAAAACUUCGGGAAAUAAUAAAACUGCCACUGUCACCAGUAUUGUUGAAUAAAUAGCAGAAAAAACUUGUUGAUAGACUCUGUCACUUGCACCCCUCUUACAUAAACAAGGGUUUUUUAAGUGCAAAGCCGAUAAGGAUCUGUCAUCAAGGUAUUUUAGAAGAAAAUACUAGCUUAUGGGCUCUCCAUAAGGCGAUGGGAGACUUGGGGCUUUGCAAAGUUUACAAAUUUCAAGUUUCGCAAACUUUCUGAGUCUUUGAAGGAAGCAUACCAUACGGAAACCGGCACUUGAACAGAUAAAUGUUCGAUAACGUUGAACUUUCUCUGACUGUUUGACUAAAACUUUUUAAAUUUAAAUAAAACCCCAACAAAUAUGUUAUAUAAUCAAUCCCUCUCAUCCUUUUUGCCCAUACAGAUAUGGAUGAACAGCUGUGUUUAUUAGACUUACCCGUCGAAAUUCUUAUACGGAUUUUAAAAGGCAUGCAGAUGCCCGAUAUACUCAAUUUAGCUAAGGUUCAUCCUGUAUUUAGCGAUUUAGUUUUAUCAAAUAAGUCUGUUUGGUUAAACGCGAGCUUCAAUGGUGUCUGGCCCAACGAUAACAAUAAAGAAGCAUUUCAUAGAGCUUCCGUAUGCGGCAAUAUUUCGGCAACGAUCAAACUAAGUCUGGCCUAUUUAUACAACGAAGGUUUGGCUUUGGAUAUGUCAUCCGAUUACGCUGUCAACUAUCUCGGACGGAAAGUGGCAACUUUAUUGUACGAAGCCGAAAAGUUAACACCCGAAGUAGCACCCUUUACGUGGAUUUUCAUAAGGCCUCCAUGGAAUGUACACAAAAGUAGAUGCUGCAAGGCAGAAGUUUACUAUGCAAUGUGUGAAAAGUAUUCUGGUAAGGACAUCCUAGCUGACAUCAAGACCUGUCUGGCAAGAGUAGAAGAUCAUGUAUCACCUUCUGGUGAAACCCCUGUGGAAUUAUUUAAGGAAGCCGCCGAAUCUGGUGAGACUUAUGCUCAGUACAGAUUGUGGCAAAUCAAGUAUGGUCGACUUUUUGAUUCAAAAAAUACAACAAAGGAUGCCGGUUUAGAGUUGGAGGCAAUUCGCAGCUUGAGAUCUCUUGGAUCUCAAUCCUUGAAGAGUCGAAAAAAUCACGAGGCUUGUUUAAAGUUAAUGGAGAUAUAUGCAAGAAAAAAAUUUGGUGGUGUUAAUGAAAAUGAUGCACUCGCGUUUUGCAAGAAAAAGAUAACUGAUUUUAAUAAGAUAAGUUUUCCCGCUACAAAAAGAAAUAUGCAUAUAACACAGAGUAUGAGAUAUAUACUCGUAGACUGGCUAGUAGAGUUAACAAGCAUAAAAUGUCUGUCUUCCUCAAUUCUUCAUCAAACUGUUGCUCUGGUCGAUAAAGUUCUUAGUUCGAGAUAUAUUUCGAGAAGUCGAUUGCAAUUAGUAGGGAUAGCAAGUAUGCUUCUCGUAUGUCGUUAUGAAAAUUCAAACAUACUAACCAUUCGAGAGGCUGCAUGGUUAACCGAUAAUACUUAUAAAUACGGAGACGUUGUUAGAAUGAUUGGAGAAAUUACAGCACUUACUCAAGGUCGUCUUCAGUUACCAACCGCAUAUGAUUUUAUCGAAGCUCUCGGUUACGUAGCCGAAUUAAAUUUUACUGGUGUCUAUAUGCUUUAUUAUAUUUUGGAAGUUAGUCUGCAUUAUUUCGAAUUUAUAAGAGAUUUUGGUCCUUCAACUGUUGCAUGCGCAGCAUGUUUGCUGGUUCUUCUCACUCUAAAUAAAGGCACAACAAGUGCCGAAAAUCUCUGGACGCCUUUACUCAUAAAAUAUACCGGUUUCACGUUGAAAGACUUGAAAGAGUGUGCCCUUAGACUACAUUUGUUCUAUACUGAUGUAAAGCCGGUAUUAGAUCAUCGAAGGCAACCAUUAACUCAAGUUCGAGAACGCUAUUCCCGAGAUGAAUUCGGCAGAGUUAGCGAAUUUGAAACGUUAACUCAUCAGCAAUUAUGCAGCGUACUCUCUGUGGCUAGUCAGAACACUAAGAAAGAAACCGUUCAAACCUUCAACAAACAGUUAAUUAUGUCUCCGACGAGAGGAGGUACUGGAAAUUUUCCAAUGGAAGCAGAACGUCACUUAGCAGCAACACCAACAAUGGAAGAGUCGGAAGAGAGGUAUGAAAAGAAAAGGAAUCAUCCAAAUGACGAUUCGAUUACAAAAAAGAUGAAAGUUUAAAAAAUGAUUUUAUUUUUUUUACCAAAGAGGUUGCAUUUAGGAAUGUUAUUAAAAAACUUGAAGUAACUGUGCUGUUUUCCUUUUUACAGUUUAUAUUUCUUAUGUACAAAAAAUUUUAAUACAUUUACAUUUAUAAGAAAAAUUAGCUAAUAUAACUAUAUCACUUUUGAAUAGCUAAAUUUUAAAACAUGUUAUUUUUUAACCAAUAAAAGUAUUUUUUUCAAAGAUUUUAAAUUUCAUUUUCUUUAUUUUG